AUGUCUUCUGCCGAUAACGAGAAGAAGCUUUGGGUUGAGGCCGAGUCCCUCCGCAAGGUCGCCUUUUUCGGUAUCUGCAUCAGGUAACUCGUCUCUUUCGUUACCUUCCCUUUUCCCUUUUCUUACCGUUCCCUUCCAGUACCGUCGCCACGUUGACGGCUAUCGUUGCCAUCCCACUGUUGUACAACUACAUGCAACAUGUCCAGUCCACCCUCCAAACCGAGGUACCCAUCCAUCCCUUUCCUCUUCCCUUCCAUCUCCCCUCUUUUCUAGGUUGACUUCUGCAAGCACCGCACCAACGGUCUCUUCGACCAGUACGAACGCAUGCAGCAGCUGAAGGGAGUUCGUGGAAAGCUCAUCGUCAAGCGUCAAGCCGGAUACGACUCGAAUGUCGAGGCCGCUGUCCAAUCCACCCAGGCCUCUUCCGGAGGAUCGUGCUGCUCUUGCAAGGCAGGACCAUCUGGACCACCAGGACCACCAGGAACUGACGGAUCCGACGGAAAGGACGGACUUGCAGGACCAGACGGACAACCAGGAUCCGAUGCCGAUCCAGAGGCCACCCCAUCAGAGGCCGACUUCUGCUUCGACUGCCCAGCCGGACCACCAGGAGCCCCAGGAAACGCCGGACCAAAGGGAGCCCCAGGAAACGCCGGAGCCGACGGACAGCCAGGAUCCGCUGGAAACGACGGAGCCCCAGGAGCCCCAGGAGCACCAGGACCAGCUGGACCAGACGGACAGCCAGGAGCCGCCGGACAGGACGGAGCGCCAGGAGUCGUCGAGGAGGUCGCCGUUCCAGCUGGACCAGCAGGACCAGCAGGACCACAGGGAGCCCCGGGAACCGACGGAGCUCCAGGAGCCGCCGGACAGCCAGGACAGGAUGGACCACAGGGACCAGCCGGAGACGCCGGAUCCGACGGAGCCGCCGGACAGCCAGGAGCCGCCGGAGAGCAGGGACCAGCCGGAGAGCCAGGAGCGGGAGGAGGCUGCGACCACUGCCCACCACCAAGAACCGCCCCAGGAUAUUAG